GGCCAUUUGAUAUAAUUUUCUUCGGUGACUAUGGAAUUUCUAAUCACGUUGCUGGUUUUUUCUAUUGCCGUCCAUGGAGUGAAUCUACAACUGGUGUGUUAUGAGUGUCUGGAUUGUGAUUUGAAUCCAACAAUAGCUGUAGUGUGUGAAGAAAGUUAUCCGACUCCUACGUUACCUACAAGCCCUGAUCCGACUUGUGCUACGUGUGAACCAGAAACGGAUACCACUCCGGAGUUCACACCAACGUUACCAACAACAUUCGAACCCACGUGCGCUACUUGUGAACCAGAAACUGAUACUACUCCUGAGUUUACACCAACAUUGCCAACAACAUUCGAACCAACUUGUCCAACCUGUGUUCCUGAUACAGAAACUACUCCAGAGUUUACUCCUACUUUACCAACAACCUUUGAACCAACAACCAUUGAACCAACCUGUCCAACAUGUGUGCCUGAUACGGAUACCACUCCAGAAUUUACUCCAACUCUACCCACAACAUUCGAACCGACUUGUGCCACAUGUGCUACGGAAGUGGCAACCACAGCUGAGUUCACCCCCACUUUACCUACCGGUCCAGAACUCACGACAGCCGAGUCUACACUGGAACUGAGCACAAUAUGUCCCACGUGUGCACCAGAAACUAGCCAAGAAUUCACUCCUACUUUACCCACUAGUCCGGACCCAACGUGUGCCACAUGUUCCUCCGCGCUAAACACGGUUACUGCGCCAAUUACAAGUCUGACAGGCUCAUCUCAAAUAACAACCAUUUGGCCAGGCCAGACAUCGGAUCAGCCAAUAAUUACUCCACCGCUCACUCCUGGCACCGGUCCGACUAGUUCGCAAAUUACUACCAUCUGGCCGGGUCAGACAGAUUGGUGGCCAACCAUACUGACAACGCCGGGGCUCACGGGGCCAAUCUUAACGAGUGCUUUUCCUACCGUGAUAACAACCUAUGGCCUGGGCAAGAAAAGCAAACACCUACCGAUGCCGGUGUAUGUUUGCUACUACUCGGAACGAAUCGUGAACAACCGAGUUGUAACAGAUCGUGGGUGCAGUAUACGUGGCCAGUCGGCUGCCGAGACGUGUACGGUUAUAAAUAACAACCAACCAUACGAACGGUGCUCCCUCUGUUCAUGGAGUCUGUGUAAUAGAUAAAUCAGUUUGAGUGAAACUUCUAUGUAUAUUGUAUUAUAAUAAUAUGACACAGAAAAAUAACAAAGUGCGAAUUUGCAGCUAAAAAUAAACGAUUAAAAAGUUUGAAUAAAAUUGAAAAUUCGAGUCAAAA